AUGCCCAAACUUGAGUCAGAAGAGGCUGGGAUAUACGAAAAGCUGUCGCACGCAGCAAGUGGUCAACUGGAGCACAACGACUCUCCCAUAGCCACCAUGAUGUCAGUGUCGGAAAUUAAUGUCGAUCCACGCUUGUUUGGAGAGCGCUUCUGCGAAUCUGUUGAGAUUGAGGGCUAUGAACGGGUGGAGCCUUCAGUGGCAGUUACAACUGGCGCUAGCGUGACCAACAUACACCCAGACGACGUCUUCAGUCUUCCCGCCAUCUAUGCUGCCGUCUGCCGCGGUGUUGUACGCAAUCUUGUCGGAAUGGCUCCACCGGAGUUGCUAGUCUGGGCCAAUGUUAAGCAACUCUAUUGUAUGGGAGGCGCCUUGAAGCGAAAUCCACUGCUCUUGCAUCAACUUCAAUCUGAGUAUUCUCCUGCCAAUGUGACCUGCGUGUCUGAGGACAAAGUUGUUGAGGCAUGUGUUGGAGCCGCCCUCUUUACUGCUACUCUUGUCUGA